AUGGCCAACCCCGAAACAAUCCACUUAUUCGACCUCUGGUCCGACUUCCAGGGCGCGGACAAGUCAUGGUCCCCAAACACCCUAAAGACCAGAAUGGUCCUCAACUACAAGGGAAUCCCUUACACCCAAAGUUGGGUCUCAUACCCAGACAUCGCAGCCCUACUAAAGAGCAUGGACGUGCCACCGCACAAGGUAUCAGUCCCCUACACGCUCCCAGCAAUCACACACAAGGGCACCAUAAAAGCAAACCCAGAAGGCGCACUCAUGGACUCCGACGCCAUCGCCACAUAUCUGGACGAGCUGUACCCCUCGCCGCCACUCUUUCCCUCCGGCGACGCGAGCUACACGAUCCUACUCGCCGUGCGGAAGAUCUCAGCGCUUCUCUCGCCCAGCAUCAGAUCUCUGAUUAUUCCUAAUGUCGUUGGGCAUUUGGAUUCUCGGGGUCAGGAGUACUUUGAGCGCACGCGUGCUGAGGUUUUUGGGAAGCCGCUCUCUGAGGUUCGGCCCAAGGAUGAGGAGUCGUUGGUUGCACUUUGGGAGAUUAUUGAGAAGGAGAGCGAGCCCUUGAUUCAAAUGCUUAAGGGAAAGGAGGGGAAGAAGGGGCCUUUUUUGGAGGGUGAGAAGCCUGGGUAUGCGGAUUUCACGUUGGCUUGUAUGUUGGCGUUUUUUAAUCGAUUUGAUCCGGAUGUGUUUGAUAAGAUUCUUGUUCUGGGUGGUGGGGAGUUCAAGGCACUUUAUGACGCUUGUUUGCCUUGGUUGGAGGGCCAGGGCGAGGAGAGGGAGUGGUCGAUUCCUCAGUAG